UGCACGAAGAUGAUCGCAAGUUGACAACUCGCACGGGCACGACUCUCGUUACUGUUGCUGUUGUUCGCUCGUUUUCACUUUUCUCGGUGUGCAAAAUUUGGAAAUUCCUUCGCGUUGCAAUUUUUUGCAUAUUUCCGCUCGUCAAACAUCCCAAAAUUUAGUUGCCUUGUGCUAGAAAUUGACCAAACUAUCCGGAUUCGGUAGCGGCAGUCGUGGAUUGGGGACGGAACGGUUACACGGAGUGGAACAAACAUGUCUAGCAAAGGACAACAGGACCUUGUCGACAGCUGGGAAGAAAUCGACGAAGAACGGUUGACUGAUCGGCUGAGUAAGUUGCCUAAUUUAGAUUCCAAUUUGCCAAGUGGUAGUGACGGAAGUAGUCAAUCCGGCGGAGGGACAAGUAACAGCAGUUUAACUGCAAUGCUGGAAGAAGAACUCCGUCCACGGAUGAUUCUACAAAGACCACAGAUGCAGAUUCUCCGCCGGCCCCAGUCCCAAGCCCAGGAGGAAAAGGCAACGGUUGAGAGUAAACCUAAGACUCAAAUCAAAUCAUUGGAUCAACGGAAACAAGCAUACGCGGAGGCACGACUGCGGAUAUUGGGAUCGGCUCACGACGAAGAGGAACAACAGCAAAAACAAAUCGAACAAGCACCGAAAAAAGGCAGUCCCAAUAUCAAUGGGUACCGAAUAAACAACAAUAAUACCACAAAUAACAACGGUGGUAACAUUCGACUAGAUAGGCCGCAAAAUUCCUUCCGGCCACCUCCUGGGAACUUUCAUAUGCAACAGCACCCACCCCAGCAUCCUGGACCUGGUCCAUUCUAUCCUCCUCAUCCGUCCGGACGGAAUCAGCUGCCACCGGAGGCCACAGCAUCAAUCAAUCAUCACUACUAUCAGCAGCAGCAACAGCAAGUCGGUCCACACGUUCCCGGUGGUUACCACUUUCAGCAUCACCAACAUCAUCCUCAGCAUCCCCAUCAGAAACAAAUAUCGCCUUAUGGAAUGCCACAAUCAUCCACUGGCUACCAUCAUGGUUUGGGGGGACCAAUGCCCGCGUACAGUGGCCCACUUGGCCACAAUAGCAAUAACAAUGUUCUGAGAAUGCCAGCCGGGCCAGACGGGUCCCACGGGUUCACCAUCCGGCGGUAGCUAGCAUACUGAACGCAGAAACAACAAUUAGGAUUCAAUCAAUGUAUGAUUUCGCUGCUAAAAUGUAUUCAUUCUGUUUUAAUUAUUGCUUAUACGGUUCCCGGCUGAAUACAACAAACAGAAUGCUACUCUAUUUGGUUAGAUAAAUUUCUAAAUUAUGUCAAUUCCACUGAAGAUCCGUUUCAAAAAUAGACCAAUCGCCAAGUGUUGCGAAGGAAGACCACCACACCCGCAUACUACCGGAUGGUUGAAUAUAGUAGAACAUUUAUGAACCAUGUCAAAGUGCGUACAAUUGCUUUCAAUAAUAUCUAUUUUUUCACCCUCCAAUCAGUUCUUUCAGUCUUUAUUGUAAAGGAAAUGAAUAUUUUAAUUAUUGUCUAAGAAAGGUGCAAAAAAUUUAAAUAAAGUUUUUAGGACACUGCUAUA